AUGGUGCAAAUGACUGCGGCCGAUCAGGCCGUGGUGAGGGCGAUGCCUGGAAACAAGUGUUGUUGCGAUUGUGGGAUGAAGAAUCCUCAGUGGGCCAGUAUCAGCUUUGGAAAUGUCUUUUGUUUGGAUUGUAGUGGUGUCCACAGAUCGCUAGGUGUCCAUAUCUCCUUUGUACGCUCGAUUGCGAUGGACUCUUGGACUGAUAAACAGCUUGCAGCAAUGAAAACUGGAGGAAAUGAUAACUGCAACGAUUAUUUGAAGAAAAAUGGAAUUGAUCCCCGCACUCCCAUCAAACAAAAAUAUGAAAGUCCAGUGGCACAAUUGUACAAAGAAGUGUUGAAAGCCAGAAUCGAGGGCCGGCCAGAGCCCACUGAAUUGCCAAAACCAGCUCCGAAAAAACAAUACACUCCAGCACCUAGUAGCGGUGGCUUUGGCAGUAGUGAUGCUAAUGGUAUGGAGCGAAUGGCAGGAGAAACCGAUCAACAAUACAUUGCCAGGCAGACACGCUUGAGAGAGGAGGCCAGGGCCAGAAUGGCCCAGAAAUUUGGUGGAUCUUCCAUGGGGGGUGUUGGCUCCAGUGGUAUGCAGGGCAUUGGAAGCAACCCCAAUUAUCAGCGUGCUUCCUCUAUGGAUGCCGUCACCGACUCAGUUGUUUCGGGCCUAGGAAAUGCCUUCAACUUUGCUGCCUCUAUUGUUAACGAUGACAAGACAAAACAAUCAAUCAGCGGCGUCACCAGUUCUGUGAAGAGUGCGGGUGCUGGAUUUUGGGGUGGCCUCACCUCCAGCGUUACCACUGCCGCUCAGGCUGUGUCUCAACCAGGUGCAGGUGACGGCUUGGCAGAUCUUCAGCGUGAAUUUGCGGCGAAGAAAACAGGUAGCAUGUAUGCAGGGUUUGGUUCCGAUUCAAUGAGUCACCCUGCCAAUGGCGGAGGAGGAGGUUCCAACAUGGGUUCUGCCACUGGUUUGCCUGGAGAGGAUCCCAAUGGUGUUGGACGAUUGACUGGAGAGACAGACCAGCAAUACAUUGCCCGUCAGACCAGACUGAAAGAAGAAGCUAAAGCUCGCAUGGCGGCCAAAUUUGGAUCAGGUGGAUUGAGUGGUGUUGGCUCCAGUUCCAUGGGCAUGGGUUCUCACUCUGCCCCUCCCAGCGUAGGUGUCCCUGGUGGAGGUGGAGCUCCUGUGGCGGAGGCCCCAGGUUUGCCUGGGGAGGACCGAAAUGGUAUUGGCCGACUGACUGGAGAAUCAGAUGAACAGUACAUUGCGCGGCAAACCAGACUUCGUGAUGAAGCCAAAGCGAGGAUGGCUGCAAAGUUUGGGAGCGGAGGGAUGAUGGGUGGUGUUGGUUCUGGCUCUAAGCCAGCUUCAUCGCGUGGAAUUGGAUCUCAGAAUUCUUUUGGCUCGCAGCAGUCCUUUGGUUCUCAGCCUUCCAGCACCCGUGCUGUCGGGUCUGCUCCAUCGUCUGGUGGAUUUGCUACGCCUCAAAGAGCAUUCACUCCUCCUUCAGUCAACCAGUCACCCGCAAGGAAGCCACUGGGCUCGGAUGACUUCUUUGCUUCCUUUGGGACUUAA